CGUUGAAUUGUAAACAUGGAAAAUGUCUUCCCAAAUAUUUUUGUUGAGUAAAAAUAUAUAUUACUAAUUGAAAUUAGAAAUGAAUGCAUAGAGUCGCGAUGUAUUCGAUAUGAAAAUGGUGAAAUAUCACUAGCAUGUUUGUAGUUAAGCAAGGGACACCCGUUUGAGCGAAAAUUACUUGUUUUUAUGCUGUCGUCAUCUGGUCGAUCAGAAGACUGAAUUUGUAAACACAACAGACCAAGACAGUGUCCAAGAUGUUGUUUGUCUUCCAUGUUGACACAGGGACCAUGAUGACCUUUGACAUGGGUCUGUUAGCUGGAAGUGUGGCAGAGUUACAGAGGGUGAUAUGUCAAGCUUGCCAUAUAACAGAGGACAAACAGGUGCUGCUGAUCAGUGGUGGAGAGAGCCUUGACCCCAACACACAGGUCCACAAAUACCACGCAGGCACUGACACAAACCCAAUUUAUCUGUUCAGCAAAAUGGCAAUCGAGGCAGCUACUCCACCAUCACCCAGUGUACACUAUGGUUCUGAUGUGGAUAUUCCUAGUCAAGUUGAAGGGUCACUUCUUCUACCUCCAACCUUUGGUACAGUUGUGGCCAGAUCUCAGCUUGCUAUACAAAUUCAUGAUGUGGACAAGGAGGAGGUGGAGGCGUGUGAGAAGUUAGUCCAUGACCAACACCUCCAGCAGCAGGGCUGGGCGGCCGUGGUGGCUAACCUAGAGGACAUCACAAGUGCCCUCAAACACAGAUCAGAGAUUUUUUCCGAGGCCUACACAGGUUACCUGACGUGUCGCGAGGAUUACUUAACAACACUUUCCUGUGUGGCAUCUUCACUUGAUCUCCUAUCAAAGAUACCAGUUUUACCAUGUCUUCUGCACUCAAUGGAAGAGGCCUCCAUGUCAGAUAAGAACUUGUUUGAAUGGAUUAGCUCACAGGACCCCAAACACAGUUUACAUGACAUGGUCCAGCAGUGUUUGAAGGCCACGGAGCAGCUUGACCAGCAUGUACUGGACAACCUGAUGUUGGAGGUGACUGACACCUUUAAACAGGUGGACAACCCCAGCAUGAAAGAGGUCAAGGGCAUUGAGGACAGGCUGUAUGGACUGGACCAGAUUUUGAAUGGAGCCAGAAAGAUUGUACAGGAGCAGAGUGAUUUGGCACAGGCAUUAUAUCAGAACCAGACGCGGGUCAGUACCCUGAGGGACACCUCCAUCCUCCCUGACCUUUGUAACAGCCACAAGAAACAGCUGGUUGUCAUGGUUAACAACCACAAAAAACUCCAGGAAACCAAGAAGAAGUGUAAGAUGGCCAAAGAGGAGUUGUCUGUCAAUCUCCACACCAGACUCAGAUGGGUGAUGUUGGUAGAGAAAAGAAUCUGUGAUGUUGAUGGAAAGUUGAUGAUAUACCAUGAAAACUUGAAACGACUGAAAAAGAGGCUAGACAUUCUGAAACAGAUCCAUGAGGCACCACAAGUGUACGCUAAACUGGUGGUGGAGGUGGUGCGCCGAAGAAAGUUCUCCACCCAGUUCUUAAAGUGGGCAAACCAUUUAGCUGUUGAAUCACAGAAUGUUCAUGAAGAUGAAUUGAAGAGGAGAGAAAUGUUCCACAAAGAAGUUGGCAACCAUUUCCUUCAGUCACUGUUCAAUGGACUGGAAGAUUCACCCUCAUCAUUUGCUACUGAGGAACCCAAAGCAUUUGAUCAACACUUGCCCCCAAUUACACCAGAUGAUGUUACAAUGCUGAGAAAUGAGGUCCCGGAACUUGCCCAAGAUCUCCAGGUUCCACUGGACGUGUCUUUCUUAAUGAAGGAUGUUUUCUUUGAGCGAUCAAUGUUUAAGUUUGAUGACACUACUGUGAAAGGGGGCCCUGCUCAUGGCAUGGCCACCUCUGACAUUGAGAUAAUCAACAACUGUGAUGAGGAAACCUUUCUAACCACAGAAGAAAGUCUUUCAUUGGAGCAGCAAGUUGCAAGCAGUGAGAUGGAUCCAAAUCUUCUGCUUCAAAUCCAGAAGGAAACUUGUGCUGACAAACCCGAACUUUUAAUGCCGAAAAGUCUUUCAGAAGAAUUAACAAAACAAAUGAAAAUUUGCAGCAAGGACAAAAUGCCAAGUGCUUCAAAUGUUGUUAAUUUUCACAAAACUUAUCCAGGGGAAAGUGCAAUAAAAUGUGAGACGGACGUAAGUGCCAAAAAAUCUGUGUGUGGUGUAGAAGGUACUAGCGAGUCUUUUGGGGCUUCUACUUCUUCAGGAGAACAAUUAAAAUCCACAGAGAGUGAACUCUCAGGACAUGAAAAAACCUCAGAGAGUGCUUCAUCAGGGAAAAGGCGAGUCAGGAGACAAACUGACCAAGACAUGGAGACCUCUCAAGAAUUCACUACAGCAGAUUUUUACAUAGAAGACUCCAUGCCUUCUUCCAUUGCUGACUCCCCACCAAGUAAAGGAGAAAAACAAAAACCAGAACCUUUGAUUCCUGAGGAGAAGCCAGAGGAAGUGACAGUACUAAAGGCCAAAGUUCAGACAUUGACUCAUGAACUGGAGGAGUCUAAAGGCAAGCUUGGAAAAUUAGUGAACAUUUCACAGGAAGCAGCCAGACUGAAAUCAGAUUUAAUGGAGUUGCUGACUUGUGUCAAAGAAAGUAAAACCGUCAUGUCAUCUGAGAUGGCAAAUACACAAGACUCAUUAACUGUGACAGUGAAACGUUGUUUGGCUUCAUUUGACAAGAAUUUAGACAAAUUUAAAAGAUCAUUGGAGGAAGAACAGGAAAGAUGUGUAGAGAAGGAGAAAUUAAUUGCUCAGUGUAAUGAAAAAGAGAAGGUGCUCCAACAGAAGCUCUCUGAAAAUGAGUCUUUGAUUGAGAGCAUGAAUAAGGAAAUUGAAAGUUUGAAACAAAAGUGGGUCAAUUCGGAGAGUAAACUUGAAAAGGAGAAAGAAAACUUUAAUAGAGAAUUUCAAAAACAACAAGAGGAACAUCAAAAUACAAUUGAAGAAAUUAAAAAAGAAAAUUCACUUGAGCUUGAAGUUGAACUUGAUAAAUUACGGUCCGAAUUUCAGGAGCAGAUUUUAGAAUUGGAGAACAAGAUAUCCGAGCAAGAGGCAGUUGAAGCCAAACUAAAAGAGAAAAUUUCAGGCUUCUCUAGCGAAAAAAGUAAGGAGGAAGAGAAACUAUUUGCUCAAUUUCAACAAGAGAAAACAGACAUAAUGAAGAUAUUGCAGGAUGAGCAUGAAGGAAAACUGAAAAAAGAACUUGAAGCUUGCAGAGAGGGACUUGAAGCUAAACACAAAGAAGAAAUGGAGUCUAUGCAACAGUGCCACAGUGAUAAAUUAGAAAACCUGAUGAAAGAACAAAAGGAAUCCCUGACCAAGGAAAAAGAUGAUGAGCUUGAAACUCUGUCACACCAGUUGAAUGCAGAGUUUGAAAAAUCAUACGAGAUAUUAAAGGAGACCCUAGAUGGAGAUUACCAGAAAGCUUUGGAGGAAUUCAAGGCACGAAGUGAACAGACAGUUAAAGAGGAUAAACUGAACAUGGAAAAAGAUAUGAAAAAACAGAUUGAUGAACUUCAGUUACAACUUAAUUCAUACACUGACAGGAUGUAUGAUCAUAAGGACUCGCAAACACCCUGCACAGAGAGUAUACCUCAAGGAGCCCAAACAGACAAGACCAACACAAGUCAGUCGGAAAUGCAAACAGACCAGUGGCAGGGAGUAGAGACGAAAACCCAGACAGACAUUACACCUGUGGCUCAACAAGAGGCUCAGACCAGCCUCUCUAUGAGUGAGGGCACAGAGGUCGACACACAGACAGACUUAGCAGCAGUGGUUCAACAGGGGGCUCAGACCAACUUAUCCAUGCAGGAUGGGACAGAAAGCAACACUCAGACAGAGUUCCCAGAGAUUGUUCAGCAGGCAAUGCAGACUAGCUUGUCAAUGAGUUCAGAAGGUAUGAACAUUGAAACACAGACAGAACCCAAACAGCAGAGCUCUCAAGAGAUACAAACAAGCUUGCCCUUGAGGACACAAGUUGAAGGUUCAGAUAUGGAGACUCAGACAGACAAAAUGAACCAGCAGCAAGAGGAUCAAGCUUCUUUUGAUGUUACCAACAAAGAAGAUGUGGAGAAGGAAGGAACGGUUGAUUCAGGAGAAAUUCAGAUGAGAUCUGGUGAAAGUGAUGUGGCGAUCAGUAAAGAAGAACACAGGAACCAGAUGGCUUGUAUAGAAGUGAGACUGACAGCAGAAAAAGACAAGGCUUUGAUUGAAUUAAAACGGAAGCAUGAAAAAGAGAUUUCUGAAAUGAUCAGCAAACUUGAAAAAGAAAAGUCUGACUCUCUGACUGCCAUCCAUAACAGUCUACAAGCUGAAAAACAGGUUGCUUUCAAUGAAGCUGUGACAAAACUUUCUCAAGAUAAAGAUAAAGUUAUUGAGGAUCUGAGAGCUAAGGAAAAAGACUUGCUGGAACAGUUGUCUACUGACCAAGAAACCAUUCUGAAGUUAAAUGAAGAGAAAAGCAAACUAGAAGACAUUAAAACAAGAGCAAUGUCACAUCUCUCAGACAAAGAAAGGGAAUACAAUGCGGCUAGGCGACAGUUGGAGGAUGACCUGGCCCUGACCAGACAGCAGCUGUCCCAGUACCAGUCUCAGCUUCAGGCCAUGUCCACCAUCUCUGUGCCCUCUGUUAUGGAGGUCAGUCAAAUUGAGGACUCAUCCCGCAUUGCAAGUUUAGAAGAUGAGUUAAAGAGUAAAUCUGAAAAGAUUGCUGAACUUCAGCAGAAAAUGAUGGAAAUAUCCAUGACCACUAGUACUAGGCACAUUGCUGAAGAUAAAGUAUCCAUUACAAGUUGUAAUGUAGGGGACCUGGCCCUAUUUUGUUUGGAUGACAGACAUGACCAGUAUGUUGUGUUCACUAUAGGAAGUACCCUUCACUUCCUUCAUACCGACUGUCAAGACACACUUGGUCUAAAGCCCAAUCCCGGUGAAACCAAAAAGUCAUGGGUUCUAGCUGAAAUCACAGAGAAAGAGUACUGCCAAGCUAAAAAGCCACAGAAUAGAUUCAAGGUACCAGUUGGAACCAAAUUCUACAGAGUAAAGGCAAAGCCUUGGCGACCAGAGAGUGGGGCAAGGGGAACAUCAUCAACAGCCAGUACUUAGGAACAUACAAUUCACUGAAUGAAGUUUUCAUUUUCAUAUUAAACAUACAGAAUCAAACUUUAUGUAUAAUUUAUUCACUACAAACAAAAACAAAAGACAUGUAUAAAUAACAAUAAAAAAUAUCAGUCAACAGAUAAUUUAUAUGUAGAUUUGUUUUUUCUCCAUGUUUCAUAAAAUACGCAUACAUAAAUACCUACUCUUAACUGUAUAUUCAGUGUAAAAAAUACAUACUCUUAACGUUAUAAUCGAUGUUUACAAACAUCAAUGUUUACAUAUAUGAAUGUGCUGGAAUGUUGUUUGUGGCAGCACAAAGCUUUCAGGAAUUAAAUUGCAACUAGUGAAUGAAUGUACAUUAUUGUAAACAUUAUAGCUAUGCCCCUUUUCCAUGAACUUUGAUAUCAGAAACAGUUUUAAGACAUUUUAAUUUGGCCUUUUUGCGUCUCUUCCAUUACCACAUAGUCUUAAGAGUUUUCAGUUGCAUAAUUGUUUGCUGGAAACACGACUGACCUUAUCUUGUGAUAUACAAUUUGCUAUGAUUGUGAUUUUAAAACAUAUUGAUUCUCAUGCAAGAUACUUGCAUAAUGUGUUGUUAUUGAGUAUAAAUAAAACGCAAAUAGAUUU